AGUUGGAGUCCGCAUCUGUGUGCACUGGCUGCCGCAGGGCCCAGCAAGCAGGUGGAGCUCAGCCUCCCACGGAGCAUUGGGCGGUGGACCGCAGUGACGCGGCCUGAGACAUGGCGGCCACGCGCCUCUGAGGCCGCAGAACCGGAGUCUCUUGCUGCGCGAGUUGCCCCUUGGCCAUGCAGCUUGGCUGCUGACUGCCCCGGCGCGUGGCCCGGAGGAUCCCGGCUGCGGUCAUCACCUUGCAGUCUCCAUGCUGCAGGGUAUAUUCCUCCCAUAUUCCAUGUAUUCCUCCUCAGUGCUUCCGGCCGUGUAGCCGCAGCUGCCGGCCGGGCCUCAGGGCGCUCUACCUAUUAUUCAUCAGGCACUUUUCUUUUCCAUUUUUAUUUUCAUUCCUAUUUGCUUCUCCUUUUCCCUUCUGCUUUGCGUCUAUCUCCGCCACCCCGCUAUGGCCGCAGAGGAGGCGCUGAAGACGGUAGACCAAUAUAAGACUGAAAUAGAGAGACUGACCAAGGAGCUCACAGAAACGACCCAUGAGAAGAUCCAGGCUGCAGAGUAUGGGCUGGUGGUGCUGGAGGAGAAACUGACUCUCAAGCAACAGUAUGACGAGCUGGAGGCCGAGUAUGACGGCCUCAAACAAGAGCUGGAGCAGCUCAGAGAGGCAUUUGGGCAGUCCUUCUCUAUCCACCGUAAAGUAGCUGAGGAUGGAGAGACUCGGGAGGAAACACUUCUUCAGGAGUCUGCAUCCAAAGAAGCUUACUAUCUAAACAAGAUCUUGGAGAUGCAGAAUGAGCUGAAGCAGAGCCGGGCUGUGGUUACAAAUGUCCAGGCAGAAAAUGAGAGGCUCUCGGCCGUUGUACAGGAACUGAAAGAGAACAACGAGAUGGUGGAGCUACAGAGAAUACGAAUGAAAGAUGAAAUCCGAGAAUAUAAAUUCCGGGAGGCCCGACUCCUUCAGGACUACACAGAAUUGGAAGAAGAAAAUAUCACAUUGCAGAAACUAGUGUCCACAUUGAAGCAGAACCAGGUUGAAUACGAAGGCUUAAAGCAUGAAAUUAAGCGAUUUGAAGAAGAAACAGUAUUACUGAAUAGCCAACUAGAAGAUGCCAUUCGACUGAAAGAGAUUGCAGAGCAUCAGUUGGAAGAAGCCCUUGAGACACUGAAGAAUGAAAGAGAGCAAAAGAACAACCUGAGGAAGGAGCUGUCCCAGUACAUCAACCUCAGUGAUAGCCACAUCAGCAUCUCAGUAGAUGGGCUCAAGUUUGCUGAGGAUGGAAGUGAGCCAAAUAACGAUGACAAGAUGAAUGGACAUAUCCAUGGGCCUCUUGGGAAACUGAAUGGAGACUAUCGUACUCCCACUACCAGGAAAGGAGAGUCCCUACACCCUGUGUCUGACUUAUUCAGUGAGUUGAACAUUUCAGAAAUACAGAAAUUGAAGCAGCAGCUUAUUCAGGUAGAGAGGGAAAAAGCUAUUCUUCUGGCCAACCUCCAGGAGUCACAAACCCAGCUAGAACAUACCAAGGGGGCACUGACAGAGCAGCAUGAGCGAGUGCACCGGCUCACAGAGCAUGUCAAUGCUAUGAGGGGCUUGCAAAACAGCAAAGAGAUCAAGGCUGAGCUAGAUUGUGAGAAGGGCCGGAACUCAGCGGAGGAAGCUCAUGACUAUGAGGUGGACAUCAAUGGCUUAGAGAUCCUUGAGUGCAAAUAUAGAGUGGCCGUCACAGAAGUCAUUGAUUUGAAAGCAGAAAUUAAGGCCUUAAAGGAAAAAUAUAAUAAAUCUGUAGAAAAUUAUACAGAAGAAAAGACCAAAUAUGAGAGUAAGAUCCAAAUGUAUGAUGAACAAGUGACAAACCUUGAGAAGACAUCUAAGGAGAGUGGUGAGAAGAUGGCCCACAUGGAGAAGGAGUUGCAAAAGAUGACUGGCAUAGCCAACGAAAAUCACAACACCCUCAAUACAGCCCAGGAUGAGUUGGUGACAUUUAGUGAGGAACUAGCCCAGCUUUACCACCAUGUGUGUCUAUGUAAUAAUGAAACUCCCAAUAGAGUCAUGUUGGACUACUAUAGACAAAGCAGAGUUACUCGAAGUGGCAGCCUCAAGGGGCCUGAUGAUCCCAGAGGGCUUUUGUCGCCAAGAUUAUCCAGGAGGGGUGUGUCAUCCCCUGUAGAAUCAAGGACAUCAUCUGAACCAGUUUCAAAGGAAAAUACAGAGACUAGUAAAGAGCCAAGUCCAACUAAGACUCCCACAAUCUCUCCUGUUAUUACUGCCCCACCAUCAUCUCCAGUUUUGGAUACCAGUGAUAUUCGCAAAGAGCCAAUGAAUAUCUACAACCUCAAUGCCAUAAUCCGGGACCAAAUCAAGCAUCUGCAGAAGGCAGUGGACAGGUCCUUACAGCUGUCUCGUCAAAGAGCAGCAGCCCGAGAGUUGGCCCCCAUGAUUGAUAAGGACAAGGAAGCCUUAAUGGAAGAGAUUCUCAAACUGAAGUCCUUGCUGAGCACCAAACGGGAGCAGAUUGCGACACUGAGGGCAGUGUUGAAAGCCAAUAAGCAGACAGCUGAAGUGGCUUUAGCUAACCUGAAGAACAAAUAUGAAAAUGAAAAGGCAAUGGUUACUGAAACAAUGACAAAACUGAGGAAUGAACUAAAGGCUUUGAAGGAAGAUGCUGCAACCUUCUCAUCCCUGAGAGCAAUGUUUGCAACAAGAUGCGAUGAAUAUGUCACACAGUUGGAUGAGAUGCAGAGACAGUUAGCAGCUGCAGAAGAUGAGAAGAAGACUCUAAACACUUUAUUGCGAAUGGCUAUCCAGCAAAAACUCGCCCUGACACAGAGGCUGGAGGACUUAGAGUUUGACCAUGAGCAGUCCCGACGCAGCAAAGGCAAACUUGGAAAGAGCAAGAUCGGCAGCCCUAAAAUUGUCAGCAGCCUGCUGCCUCCGUACCGCCACAGUGCUCACAACUAGCUGGGAGGCAAGACUACCCAACGGUCAGUCCGGACAUUGCCCUCAGUAAGGAACAGCCACAUUCCAGCUCACAGUGUGCACCUCUUCAUUGUCUCACCAAGCCUCCUUACCCCUAGUCUUCAUCUCUCAUGGAUGAAUAUCUGGACUGAAGGUUUUUUAGUCACAGUGAGGGCACUGCUUAAGAUCUAGCGGGUGUUUUCUUCUUGGAUGUUAGAUGUAUAUGUGGAUUCCAGUCCAUCAUUUUUGAAGAGUAAAGAGAGUUCAGAAGAAUAAAAUGAUGCAUAGACCUUCGUGUGAUCAAUUUCUGGUUUCUCUGAAUCACAGAUGACCUGCAAUCAAAUGGCAACAGUUCACUUAAAACUGAAAUGAAACAUGUAUUUCAGAUAGUUGGCUUCACCUCCAUAGCAUAAAAAAGAUCCAAGACAAUGUAAAAUAGAUAUGCUGUAAAAUCAUCUUUCCCUAUACUCCAAAGUCAGCUAUAGAUGUUGAUUCUAAUAAUUUUCAUUGAUACUUACUUUAUAUUUUAUUUUCUGUAUGGUUUAUGUUUAUAAAGAUUAUUUCUGUAAGCAGAAUUCAUUUAUUUUUAAAGAGUCAUAGUUUACUUAGUUAUUUAAAGUUUUAAUUUAGUUUAAAAUCUGAAACCGGACAGAUUCUGGUCCUUUUUCUUGCAGAAAAUUACAAAUGAGGUGCAUCAGAAUGUUAACAAUAACUGUUUUGCUGCUACAUGAAUAUUCUUUAUGCAGUUAUUUUCUAAUCAGUAACUCAUUAAUUGUCAGUUAUUUUUUUAACUAGGUUUCUUCACUAAACAUUUAUUAAGUAAAUCUAAGAAAGAGGCAAAGCUAUGAUUCAUUGACUUAAUCAAGUUUUGAGGGUAUCUUUAAUUUUUUAAAAUUGCAGUUGAGUAGAUAGAUAUAUUGGUGCUGCUCCUGUGUGUGUGUGUGUGUGUGUGUGUGUGUGUGUGUGUGGUCGUAUUAAAGAAGGACAAAUUACUUGAAGGAAAGAAAUGGUGUGCUUAUUUAAUGACCACAAAUUUUUUAAACUUUUCCAAAUUUAGGGUCUUACUAUGGGUUUCCCACUAAAAGGGAUCACAAUAAAUGCAAAAAUAUAUACAUAUAUAACUGUAAGGUAGCCUUGGCUAGUUAUUUUAUGCAGAAAGUGUAUGUUUUGUUGUUUGUUUUCUUUUUCACAAUGAAUCUUCCUUGCCAAAAAAAAAAAAAAUAGAUAGUAAACCUUAGCUCAUUGUCUACUUUUAACAAACACUCAGGUGCCUACAGUCAUAUUAUAUUGAGAUAAGACAUGUUCCUACUUAAUUUACAGAUUCUGCUAGGUAAUUUUAUGACUUUAUUUAAGGCAAUAGAAUUUCAUAGAAAAAUUUAGUUUUUGCAUUAUUGAGAAAACAAGGACAACAGCUAGUUGAGCUGUAAGGUCUAACUUGGAUUCCUCAGUUCUCAAGUGCUGCCCACAUAACUGCGCCUAACCCUGACUCCUUGUCUUUGUCAGGUAGCCUUAACUUACAUAAAACCAUAAAGGUUUUAUUUUUUCAUGUAACAGUAUCUUUAACUUUUCUUCAAAACAGAACUAGUCCUCACUGUUAGCAAAAAGAUGACUAGUUUUGUAGGACACCAACAAUGGCGAUUUUAGAGCUACCCAGCUUGUGGAGGGAAAGAUGUGCAUGUUUAUGGAGUGGUGACCUAAGGUCAGCUGUCAGCCACAAAGCACAUUACAGAAAUAUUUUUUGUUUGUUAUGUUCCUGUUGAGUACCAGUCAUAGUUACCAAAGCAACCCAAAGAUUUUGUGUUCUUUAUCGGAUUAAUAAUAGACCCUAUGGAACUUCUCAUCAGUCAGAAUCCCUACAAAGUCGUCCCUCCUGUAUUACUUGGUUGUUCCUAUACAUUUUCCUCAUUUAUUGGUGUUAAGUCUACCUGGUGCCAAUCUUAGUGAGACAGUACAGAUUUUUGUCAGAGUUCAAUUAAAGACAACUUCCUCUGUUCUUUCUAUUCUUUUCCCCCUUUGCUAAGCAUGAUUCGAAACCCAAGUGUCAGAAUUACUAAGUUAAUUUUGUAUUUGAGGAAAUAAGUACCUCAAAGCAAGUUGUGUCUUUGGGCUGGGAACUCAACAGUGGAUCUCUUCUCUGUGUAACCACUGUUGACAUAGCUGCAUUGUGUUUGUGAAUAGAGUUGACUUCUUCCAGUAUGAAAUUUAUCACUGUCUGUUAUAAACGAUUUUAUUAUAGUUGUUUAUUUGAAUAUAGUGGAAAUUUUUGUUUUGAAAUAUUACUUCUAUAAAAUAUUAAUUUUAACAACUUUAAUAAGAAGAUAUAGAAAUUUUGAAACAAAUUUCUCAUUUUCAGCACAAAAGUAGGUAAUAAUUGCUAAGCAGUAAGAGACUAUCAUGUAUUUAUGUAGUAACAUCAUUUAGUGCAGUUUAAACUGAGCUGUAUUUAUUUUUAUUUAUUUACGGACCCUUUCAAUGAAUAAAUGUAGAGUGCUGAUAAAAACGAGUACCUAUAAAGAUAAUAUCAGAAUGUAAAAAGUGAAAACUGGUGAAACAAAAAACCCAUGAAUCUCAAUAAGAGAAUUGAAGGUGCAUUUGAUAUUAAAAUAUAAAGUAAAGAAAUUCUACAAAUGCUAAUUGUUGUAGACAUUUUGAACAAAGGUGAGAGGUGAUGUUUAAGAUCAGUUAUCAAAGUAACCAACUACUGUUAUAAAAUUUCAUUACAUUGUAGUGCGUGCAUGUAUGUGUGUGUGCUCACCCACAACUACUGUUAUACAUUUCAUUACAUUGUAGAGUGUGUGUGUGUGUGUGUGUAUACACGCGCACACACACACACACACACACUAUCCACAGUAUGUGUGGGAAAGUCAGAGGAAAACCUACAGAAGUUGCUUCUCUCCCACAACUGUAUGGAUCCCAGGGAUUGAACUAAGAUUAUCAGGCCUAGUGGAAAACAUCUUUACCUGCUGAGCCAUCUUAUUGGUUCCCACGGUUUUGUUUUUGGUUUUUUAAUGUAAGCACAAUUACAAAGCUGAAUAGAUGAAUUAGUAUGCAGAAAUGCUUUUUCACUAAGGAUUUUCAUUAAAGCAUAAUAGUAAAAUAAAAAGAAGCAAUAAAUUGCUUUUGGCCUAAGUGCUUAGGAGCAUGAACAAAACUUUGGAUGUAUAAACCUUUUGCAUAUCUAAUUCUGGAUUUAAAAGAAGAGAGAGGAGGAAAAAUGAAUUUUGAAAACUUCUAGAGAAUAUAAAUCUAUAAAGGAAUGAAGAAAAGACUUAUUUGGAAAUUAUAAUUUAUAUUUGCCUAAAGGAGAAGAGGUACAAUAAUGAAAUCCAACAAAAAGAACUUAACAAAUGACAGAGAGUAGCUACAGAGCCUAUAUGACUAAAUGAGAAGGGUUAAUAUUACCUAUAGGAAAGAGAUAUUUUAAAGUGGAAACUUAAUCAUUCGAUAGCUAUAAAGAUUUGUUUUUAAAAACUGGAAUGAUACUGGUAGUCUUGUAAGUAUAGACAAUUUACAAUAAUAUAUAAUCCUAGGAGUCCACAAUUCUAUGAUUCUUUUGUUUUAAAAUUUAAAAUAUAUUGAAUUUUUACUGAUUGGUCAUAGAAAAUGUUUACUUUUAAACUAGGAUAACAAUCUUAAUUUUCUAAGAUAUUUAUUAUUUUUAAAAGGAUUUCUUUAAAGGUAUCUGAAGUAUAGCAACUCCAUUUAAAGAAGCUUCAGUGUCAGAGUCUAAAAAACAAAUAUACCCAAGAAAACUUCAUAAAUACAGUGUAUGCAAUCUCAUAGAGGAGACAAAUACUUUUUAAAUUUUAUUCACACACAAAGAUCUUCUGUCUUUAACAUUUGCUUUAUCUAUGCUGUAGAACAUGUUCUUAUACAGAUAAGCCCUUCUCUAUUAGGUAAGCAUGAACAAUUGGUCUACUGAACUAGCUAAGAAUGUGGAUGUUCCCUCAUAUACUAUAUUGAAUAAAAUCCUCUCCAGUAACCAAGUACAGGUUACAAAUAAUUAUAUGAAUAAAUCAAAUAUAUUUUCUACUCUGAUAAAUGUCAACUUUUAUUGUAUAAUUCAGACAAAAGAUUUAAUCUUUCUUACAAAGAAAUCAGUGGGCAGGAGUAGGGAGUAACUCAGCCAGGGGUGUUUGCUGAACCUGUGUGAGAGGAUAGCACCCACUGCACUGCAAAACAAACAACAAAACAAACACUGAUAUUUCCCUGAAUAAAAUCCUGCUCAUUCAAUCCAAGGAUGUCACAAAUGAAUUAAUAUUGUACAUAUAAUGAAAUUUGUAAAACCCACAAUGUUUAAAACUUUUGUUUUUAAUAAAUCAGAGUGAUUUAAAUAACCUUGCAUUAAGGCUGCAAAAUUUAAAUAAAUUUCAAAUAAAGCUGAAAGCUAUCGAAGUCAUGCUAGUCAGCAUGGCCAGUGCCAAGGUUGAAAAGUACUUACUUCAAAAUCAGUGUCCUAGCUCCUGAGUUACCAUACCCAUUUUCUGUAAUAAUAACCCAAGAUGAGUUUUUUGAAAAUAAAUUUAUCUUUAAAUGUUAUUUUAACCACCAUAGUCCCUAAUAUCUUGUAACCUGUUUUUAUUUUAAUACCCAAAAGAUUUCAAAUAAGAUAUCUUGUUUAUUACUCAAGAUAUAAAUUAAUGAGAUAAUUAGUGUUAAAAUUUAAAAUGUUCUUAAAUUUGGGAUUUUUCAGAAAUGACAAUCUGUUUAUAAGGAGCAAAAUUAACCUUCAUUAGUGUAAAGCAAGAGUAUAAGACGUUUGCAUGAAAUAUUUCACAUCAUGUAAGCUUUCCCAUAUCCAUAACAUUGACUCUAUAUAGAAAUCUUACUUGCUGUGUGAUCUCGCCAUUAGGAAUGAAGGAGGCUGUUACAUGCACUGGAUCUCCUUUCCAUACUGAAGCGCAUGGCUUUGUUCCUCAAAUUUAUUUUUACAUCUCUCAGAUGGAGUUAUUUAAUAAUCUGCCACAAUUGAACUGAAGCUUAAAUGACCUGCUGAUUCGGAUAAUUUCUUUGAUUGCUCUACAUUUGCUGAGAACUUAUUUUUAUUUUAACUUCUGCACAUAAUCAGUCUCUGCUCAGUAUACCUCUCUAAUGAGACCGUUGAGAAGUAAAUUUGAUGCUUCUUAGUGUGGAUGUAUGCUUAUUUUUUUUCAAAAAAAUAAUUUUUUUUUACAUUUUAUUUUAUUUAUUUAUUGUUAUUUUUUUAGACAGAGUUUCUCUGUAUACUCCUGGCUGUCCUGAAACUCACUUAGAACAGGCUGGCCUCAAAUUUGCAGAGAUCCAUCUGCCUUUCCAAAAAAGUCUUUAUCAGAGAACUAUGAAGUUAAGGGAAAUAACACUGUUGUGUUGACAAAUCUUUAUCUUGUAAGGGAGAAACAGAAGGAAUCAUUGGGUUCAUAGCUAUGACUAUGUGUCAUAUCAGAGGAAAUACUUUUUAAUUUUCUUGCCACAAAACUUUUAAGCUCAAUGGUUUGACUGUUAGAGUCAAUUAACAAUUUUUGAAAAUAUUUUAUGACUUUUUUGUAAUAUAUUCAGUGUCUUUAUUUGCAUGGCUAUGCAUAUAUGAAGAUGUGACUCUGACGUUGUGAUUCUUUCCCAUGUUAAAAUUUGUGUUGUGUGUGGUCAAACCUAAUUUUUACACUGUAUGAUUAUCCUUGUAAUGAUUCAGUUAUUCCAGCCUUUGUUAUUAUGCCUUCGGGGAGUAAACAAUGUGAAGUGUUUCUAUCUAAUAAUAAUAAUACCAUGAAAACAUGACUGAAAAACUAAUUUAAGAAAUGCCUUUCUUGCUAAUUAUUUUUGAAAUCCAAACAUCAGCGACAUUAUCAAAGACACGUGCAUUUAAGUACAAAAAGUUCUUAUAAAUUUAUUGCUUGCUGUUCUUUUUACUUUUUUGUAGAUAAUCCCAAGUGAACCUCUCAAGGGAGAAUCCUUAUGUCAUAUGUUUGUUUCUGUGCACUCAAUAUUUGUGAAAGGCACCCCACUGCUAAGGAAAUAACUAGAUACUAAUAAUUAUUAUCUUGGUUAAUCUUACCAAUUGACCAUACUGUAUUGCAAAACUUUUUCCAGUAAAUAAACUGAUUAUCUUUUGUUUAUUUCAUCAAUGUUAAAUUUUUAUUAGUUUACAAUUUUUCUGUUUGCCAUUUUUAUUUAUACCUACAAGAAAUAAAAAGUAUAGGAAUCACUAUAUGAUUAUAUAUUUUUAUCCAAUAUAAGACCUUAUUUGUCUUAACAUUUCUGCAUAUUUUGUGAUGUGUAUCAACUUCAUUUUCCAUUUUCCAAACUCAUAAUGUUUCCUUAAAGGGUAUUUUGGCAGGAAAAUGCACUUAGCUAAAUUAAACUAGAAAUGUAUUAAUACAGGAAACACUGUUUUAAUGAAAGGAAAAUGACACUUUAUUAUGGAGAUGGUUCUUUUUUUCUUUUACAUAGGAAAGAGCUAAGCCAGCAAACUCGAGGGAGGUCACUUUUACUGGACCUACAAUAUAAAUCAUGGUAGAUCAGCUGCUCUGAGGAUCAUCUGUUUUGAUUCUGUUUUAUUUUACAGUGGUGCAGGGUUAAGGAGGAAACAGGCAAGUAUGGGUUUAUGUGAAGUGAUAAUGAACAAAAAUGAAACCCUUAUAACUGACCAAAUUUAUGGGCCUGGUUAAAGUUGCCUCUUCUUCUUUGGCACAGAAAACAUUAAAAAUAAAGUGUCUUAAAAAUCAUUCCCUUUUCUAAAAA